GUCUCAUUAGAAAUUUUUUAUAUAUAUUUUUAAAGUGUGGUAAUUAAAUUUCUUAGCAACAAAUAUAUGAAAACACCACUUCCGCUUUGCGGGUGAUCAGCACCUUUACAUGUACGUAAUAAACUGUUAAGCAGACCAACUAGGCAAUUACACUUCUUUCUUACAUUUAAACACGUCUUAGUGUUCACGUUAGUUUUUGUGGUACUAACGAAAAACCCAGAAUGGAAAAUGAAGAGAUUGGCACUAAGGAAGCCAUGUACAUCAUUGGUGAAAAGCAUGGCUUUUCCAAAGAAAGAACACGAGAGCUCUAUGACAGUUUUUCGCUUUUUGAUCGAAAUGGGGAUGGUGUGAUCAGUAUAGAUGAACUUGGAACAGUAAUGAUGUCACUAGGUCAAAGACCCACGAGAGACGAGUUACGGGCCUUGCUUCACAGCGUCGAUAUGAACCACAGUGGAAACAUUGACUUCGGUGAAUUUCUGGAUAUAUUUGCUAGAAAACUGAACAUCGAUCCUGAAAAAGAAUUGUACGAGGUUUUCUGCGUUUUUGACCAAAAUAAGGACGGCUUCAUUUCAGCUAUGGAACUAUUUGAAGUUCUGUCACGACUAGGUGAACAUAUCACUAAGGACGAAGUAGAAGUAAUGGUAAAAGAAGCAGAUUUAAACGGUGACGGUCAGGUUGACUAUAACGAAUUCAAAUCUAUUCUCAGUGGGAAUAAAAGUUCAGUAUCAGAUGCAUAACGGCAGGCUGAUUCGGAAUUCUUUUGAAAAUUUAUACCUGAGACUUGACAGGAUAAUUAAUCAUCUGUGUCUGUCUGUCUGUCUGUCUGUCUGUCUCUCUGUCUCUCUCUCUCUCUCUCUCUCGCUCUCUAAAGGAAUAAACGAUUAUCUUCUUAACUUCAUUAACUUAGAGCUGCUUCUGCUACAAUAUGCAGUGGACUCAUAGCUGAGUGUCUGAGUAACACUUUACACUGUAGAUUUAUCGGAACCUUGAAUAUGAACGUAUAUGAAAUUAGCAGUCAACUAAUACAAGAAUUAUGAAAUAUGAACUUUACUUCAGAACGAUAAACAAAUUAUGCCAUUUGCUUAACUCUCUCUAGACAACUCUCUAUGGCAAUCUCUAUAGGUGGCCAUGCAUUUCUCUUACUACAGAAUAUUUUGAUUUCUCAUUGAAAUAGGAAGAUGCAUUUAAAGCGAAGAGUAUUAGA